AUGGAGUUGACUACUCUUCCACACGGUGCUCUCCAAGGACCUGGCAAGCAACGAACUUCUAGCUUGGAAGCACCUAUUAUGUUGCUUACUGGACAUCCAAGUGCUGUCUACACCAUGAAGUUCAAUCCAUCUGGAACUCUAAUUGCAUCUGGACCACACGAUAGAGAGAUCUUCCUAUGGAGAGUUCACGGCGACUGCAAAAACUUCAUGGUUUUGAAAGGUCACAAGAACGCUAUCCUUGAUCUUCAUUGGACCAGUGAUGGCUCCCAGAUUGUAUCAGCUAAUCCGGAUAAAACUGUAAGAGCAUGGGAUGUUGAAACUGGGAACCAAGUCAAGAAGAUGGCUGAACACUCGUCGUUUGUGAAUUCUUGCUGUCCUACACCUAGAGAACUACCACUUAUCAUCAGUGGAUCUGAUGAUGGAACUGCUAAGCUUUGGGACAUGCGUCAGAGAGGAGCCAUACAAACAUUCCCAGAUAAAUACCAAAUCACAGCCGUUUGUUUCUCUGAUGCAGCUGAUAAGGUGAAGCCACCAUGA